AUUUCUCCCAUGAAGAAAAUGGCAAUGGAAAAUGGUUCUUCAGUGACAGAGUUUAUUCUUAUGGGAUUGACAGAUCAACCUGCGCUCCAACUGCCCCUCUUCUUCCUGUUCUUGGUGAACUAUAUAUUCACUGUGGUGGGAAACUUGAGCUUAAUGAAUCUAAUUUGCCUGAGUUCACACCUUCACACCCCCAUGUACUUUUUUCUCUUUAAUUUGUCCUUCAUUGAUUUUUGUUAUUCAUUUGUCAUUACUCCAAAAAUGCUGAUAGGCUUUGUUUCAGAGAGGAACAUUAUCUCCUUUAGUGGAUGCAUGACACAGUUAUUUUUCUUCUGCUUUUUUGUCUACUCUGAGUGCUAUGUGCUGACUGCCAUGGCCUGUGAUCGCUAUGUAGCCAUCUGUCAGCCCCUGCUGUACACAGUCAUCAUGUCCCCUAGGACCUGCUGUUUAUUGAUGUUUGGUUCACAUUUGAUGGGAUUAGCUGGUGCCAUUGUUCACACAGGGUGUAUGGUCAAGCUCAUCUUUUGUGAUUCCAACAUCCUCAACCACUACAUGUGUGACAUCUUCCCCCUCCUCCAGCUCUCCUGCAGCAGCACCUAUGCCAAUGAUCUAGUGAGUUCUGUUUGUGUGGGUAUUUCUGCAAUUUUAUCCAGCCUUGUUAUCUCAAUCUCAUAUUCUCUGAUUCUUUUAAAUAUUAUUCAUAUGUCAUCAGCUAAGGGUUGGUGCAAAGCCAUGAGCACCUGUGGUUCUCACAUAAUAACUGUUGGCCUCUUCUAUGGAUCUGGGCUACUCACUCACAUGAAAACAUCAUCUCCUGGUGCUGCAGGCCAAGGGAAAUUUUUCUCUGUGGUUUAUACACUUGUGGUGCCCACGCUAAAUCCUCUCAUUUAUAGCCUCAGGAACAAGGAGGUCAAACUUGCUCUGAAGAGAACUCUGAAGAGAAUCACAAAUUGA